AUGGCAUUGGACAGCGUAGUGGCAAAGUUGUUGGUCCAACAACAGGAAGCAUCAGAACGGCAGCAGCGGUUAAUUGAAACGCUGGCGAGUUUAAUACAGAACAACAAAGGGGGUAGUAGUUUGCAGCAACAACAGCAGCCAGAGGCAUUAGCAGACAUCAUUUCUCGCGGUAUUCAUGAGUUCAUUUAUGACCCAGAUAAUAACCAAAUUUUCUCAAAUUGGUUCAGCAGGUACGAACAGCAUUUUACGGAAGAUGCGAAAUCAUUGGACGACGCCUGCAAACUACCUAAAGACUGCGAUUUCCAAAAUACAGUUCGGCAAUUGAAAAAACUUUUUGAUCGUCAAGAGUCAAUAUUCAGUGUGCGUUAUAAAUGUUUACAAAUCACCAAAGAAGAGUCCGAAGAUUAUACCGCAUACUCAGGUCGAGUAAACAGUCAGUGCGAAAAAUUUUUCCAAGGCAAAAUGUCUUCUGCGGAAUUAAAAGUGCUUAUAUUUAUAUGUGGACUUCGAUCACCGGCAUAUAACGACAUUCGGGGAAAAUUGCUUUCAAUGCUAGAUACAAAUGUAGAUACCACAUUGGAGCAAUUGACAUCAGCAGCGCAAAGACAAAUUGUUUUGCGUGACGAUACAAAGCUUGUUGAAACCACAAAUCCUUCGACGGUGAAUGCGAUUUCUGCAGAUG